AUGAUGGGACGAGAGCAGGAGCUGAUCCAGGCUGUGAAAAAUGGGGAUGUACCUGGUGUGCAGAAACUGGUGGCCAAGGUCAAAGCAUCCAAGAGCAAGCUCCUGGGAUCAGCCAAGCGACUGAAUGUGAAUUACCAGGACGCGGACGGGUUCUCAGCACUGCACCAUGCGGCCCUGGGUGGGAGCCUGGAGCUCAUCUCCCUGCUGCUGGAGGCACAGGCCACUGUUGACAUAAAGGACAGCAAUGGGAUGCGCCCGCUGCACUACGCUGCCUGGCAGGGGAGGGUGGAGCCGGUCCACCUGCUGCUGCGGGCAGCCGCCUCGGUCAACAUGGCAUCACUGGACGGGCAGAUCCCGCUGCAUCUGUCUGCGCAGUACGGGCACUACGAGGUGUCAGAAAUGCUGCUCCAGCACCAGUCCAACCCGUGUCUCAUCAAUAAGGCGAAGAAAACCCCCCUGGACCUGGCCUGUGAGUUUGGCCGGCUUAAGGUUGCCCAAUUGCUGCUGAACAGCCACAUGUGUGUUGCGCUCCUGGAGGGUCAGUCCAAAGACACGAGUGACCCCAACUACACCACCCCUCUGCACCUGGCAGCCAAGAACGGGCACAAGGAGAUAAUCAGGCAGCUGCUGAAAGCUGGGAUUGAGAUCAACAGGCAGACGAAGACGGGCACGGCCCUGCACGAGGCAGCGCUCUACGGCAAGACGGAGGUGGUGCGCCUGCUGCUGGAGGGUGGCGUAGACGUGAACAUCCGAAACACCUACAACCAGACGGCCCUGGACAUCGUGAACCAGUUCACCACCUCGCAUGCCAGCAAGGACAUCAAGCAACUGCUGAGAGAGGCAUCAGGAAUCCUGAAAGUCCGAGCUUUAAAGGAUUUCUGGAACCUCCACGACCCGACUGCUCUCAACAUCCGGGCAGGAGAUAUCAUCACGGUCCUGGAGCAGCACUCCGACGGGCGCUGGAAGGGGCACAUCCACGACACUCAGAAAGGCACCGAUCGGGUCGGCUACUUCCCUCCCUCCAUCGUCGAGGUCAUCAGCAAGCGGACAGGCAUGACUCUUCCCCGCAUGGUGCCUGCACACCAGCGCCAGGGCAUUGCCGCCCCUCCCGGCGGGCUGCAGCCACUCCCAGCAGGAGACAGGAACAGCGUGGGCAGCGAGGGCAGCAUUGGCAGCAUUCGCAGUGCUGGCAGCGGGCAGAGCACUGAGGGCACCAACGGGCAGGGCACCAGUAUCCUCAUCGAGAAUGCCACGCCGCUUCCCCCUGGUGGUGAGGACCUACAACAGCACCUCUUAGGAUCAAAUAGCCAGAAUGGGCAGCUGAACUCCUUGACAGGAACCCUCGGGCGCCAGAACCUGGCCAACUGUAACGCCAGCAACAGGAUCUUCUCUCACCAAUACCUCCGCCCUGAACAGCUCCUGGAGGGAAAGGAUGCAGAAGCCAUUUACAACUGGCUGAGUGAGUUCCAGCUGGAGUUCUACACGGCCAACUUCCUCAAUGCUGGCUAUGACGUCCCCACCAUCAGCCGCAUGACCCCAGAGGACCUAACAGCCAUUGGGGUGACUAAGCCGGGGCACAGAAAGAAAAUCUCCACUGAGAUUGGACAGCUCAGCAUUGCAGAGUGGCUGCCCAAUUACAUUCCUGCCGACCUGAUGGAGUGGCUGAGUGCCAUUGGGCUGCCCCAGUACCAUAAGAAGCUGGUGAGCAACGGCUAUGACUCCAUCAGCAUCGUAACAGACCUGACGUGGGAGGACCUGCAGGAGAUUGGCAUCAACAAACUGGGCCACCAGAAGAAGAUCAUGCUGGCUGUCAAGAAGCUGACAGACAUCCGCAAGAACUUGAACCAAGCCGAAACCAAUCCGGCAAGUCGCAAAAUCCCUGGGGCCCUGGACAUAGUCACCAUUGAGUCUGUUGAGAAUGGAGAGUCCCAGUCUCCGCACACGCCCAAGAUGAUAACCUUCCAGGACAGCGAGCUGAGCUAUGAGCUCCAAACAGCCAUGUCCAACAGCUGCCAGGAAACGCUCCCCAUGAAGAACACUCAGGGGAUGUCACGGAGUCAGGAGAGCAUUGGAGUGCGCUCCAGAGGGUCAGGGCAUUCUCAGGACAACAUGUUGUCCAGGACCAUCCUCUCCAGCCAUUCCCAGGAGAGCCUGGGCAGCGGCAGCAGCGAGCACUCUUCCACACAGCCCCGACAGAAGGAGAACGCUGGCAUUCUGCCAGGGAGACCUAACCAAGAUAAUUACGGGAAGGUUAUUAUCCAGCUGACUGCCCAAGAGGGACUGAAUGGCUACUCCAAUGGGUGUGGGGGAAGCCCUCUGAAAGAGAGGAACCUCCCCGAAGGGACCGAUCAGUACCAGAGGCCUGUGGCUCAGAAAGGCAGCAUUCCACUGUUACAGCCAUCCAACUCUCUACCAGCAGCAACCCCCUGCACCCCACCCCAGAUGCCCAAUAAGGGCACAGCACCCUACGUCUUCAUGUAUCCUCACAUCUCCUUGAAAUCCCCCAGUGUUCCUGAGCAGCCGAAGAACCCAGCACACCUGUACCCCCAGUUCUCCUCUUCCCAGAGGAGCAAUCUCCAGUCAUCAGCUCAGAAAGCUUUCUCCUAUCUCCAUUCCCACUGCAGUGGCACGGAAUCACCAUACGUGUCUCCAAAGCCUGGUGCCACCCUGGGCUCCUGGCAGGCUGGAGAACAGCAAAAUGGAGACACCUUCAAGUACAAGAAGCGCUCUCACAGCCUGAACCGCUACGCUCUGUCGGAUGGCGAGCAUGAGAAGGAGGAGGUACCCACUAGCACCUUGGGCUCCUACGCCACCCUCACCAGGCGCCCGGGACGGAGCCAAGUGCCACGCACCUAUCUGCAGUCAGACACCAAGGUCGUUCGCAGCCAGUCCUUUGCCAUCCGGGCAAAGAGGAAAGGGCCUCCACCCCCUCCGCCCAAGCGCCUGAGCUCUGUCUCCAGUGCCCAGGCUGUGGAGGCAGAGGGGGAGCAGGGUCUGGAAUCGGAGAGAAGACCGACUGUUGCCCAAGAGUCGGUGGAUGUGGCUCCCUCACCAUGGCUGGGCAUCAGCGAUGCAAGCAGCAGCCAAACAGUGAAGAGCAAAGCUGCAAUGCUUGAGGUGCCCACCGUAGGUGGGAGUCCACCAAAGCCUCUUCUGUUACAAAAGCCCACAACUCCAGAUCACGAGCUAGUUUCUAGUACAGGCUCAGAUGGUCGGCCCUGUGGAGCCAGGGUCUCUGAAGGCUCCUGCAGCACGAGGCUCUCGGAUAAUGAGAGAGACGCCUUUGAGAGCAACAGGCCCCGCCGACGCACGUUUAGCGAACCCAGCGUCACCACGACAGAGGCCUUGCAAAGCAGCCUGGAGGACGUCCAGUCUGACACAGAGGAGGAGCUGAGACCUGGCCCAGAGGACUGUGAGAUGUCGUCGUCGUCCUCUCAGAACAGCUCCAGUGAGUGCAUUCCAUUUGCAGAAGAAGGCAACUUAACCAUCAAACAGCGACCAAAGCCUCCCGGGCACCACAAGGCAGAAGCUACCAGCCUGGACUCUGAGUCCAGCUCCCCGACAGCUGCCAGUGUGGGGCCUCCCUGCUCUCCUGCUGGGAAGGAGCUGGGAGGAACCACAGCGAAAGAGUUGGAGGUGCUGGAAUUCAACCUCACCGAGUCUGACACGGUGAAGCGGAGGCCCAGGUACAAGGAGAGGGAGCCACUACAGACUCUGCUAAAAGCGUUCAGCUUGGCUGGCCAGAGCCAGGCUCUUGUGAGUCCGCCCCCACAAUAUGCACAGGCCCAAGCCGUGAGCAUCACGGGCCCAGCGCCGGAGCCCGGGGGGAACGGAGACGUUUUUGAUGACGACAGUGUGGAAUUCAGAAUUGCUGAGAUUGAGAAGAGCAUCCUGUCUCUGGAGAAGGGGAUCAAAAAGCCUCCACUUCCUCUGAAGUCAGCCAGCCCUGGGGAGCUGCAUGGAGGUGCUGUCCUCCUGAGGACCUCCACUGUAGGGCCAGAUGCAUCAGCUAAGCACAUGUCUGUUGCUUCUACAAAACUGGUAUUUUCAGGGCCAAAAACGAUUUAUCAGCAAGUCCUGCAGCCCUCCCGGAAUACCAUUGCCCCCUGGGCAACUGCUGAGAUGGCACCAGAGGUGGCAGGAUCCACGGCUGUUGCCUGCCCAUCGAAGCUGGAGAUUGGCAACAAGGCAGCCUUGAGCAGCGGGAUGCCCAUUUUUAUGAAGCCUUUGAGUGUCGCUUCGGAUGCAGCCCUGGCUCAGCAGAGACUGGAACAGACCAACUCCUCCCUGACAGCUGCGCUGCAGGCUGCUGAGAAAAAAAUAACAGCCGAGGAGUUGGACAGUCACUACGGGGCUACGCACUCGGCUAAUAACAUCCUGGAAGACAUCAGCAACAUGUUCGAUGACCUGGCUGACCAGCUGGACGCCAUGCUGGACUGA